CCACAAACCUACGUAUAUACGGAGUAUAUAUGUAUAUAUACUACUCAACUAGUCUAUUAUAAUCCUAGAAAAUUUUAAGUACCUCUAAAGGGUUAACUCAAAGUUGAGUUGGUUGAAUAUAUACAAAUUAAGGGUGGUUUGCCGAAGGUAUUGCCGGAAUUGUUUUAGAGUAUCUCACUAACGUCAUAGCAAUUCGAUUCAACGUUAAGGUAAACAAACAGAAUAGUGACCGAACCGGAGAACAAUGCUAGGGCGAUGGAAGGAUGGACAAGAUGACAUAAAGAAAGAUAAUAACAAUAAAGAUGUUAUUUUGAAAUAUAUAUUUUGUACGAAUAUGUUAAGCUUCCGCAUGUAUAAUAGUUACUCUGAUAUUAUCAAUAAAUAAAUAAGUUUUGUUUAAUGCUCCAUCUACCGAUUCAAAAAGUUAGAGCCGUUAACACCGCGAGUCGGAUAUUCAAAUAAAUUCGGAAGUCAAGAAAUAGAUGUUGAAUUCACACUAGCUAAUUUACUCUUACUUCCACGAAUUUGUUUUUGGGCACUUCUCAACAAAGACAAAGUUACCCUCGGUGGCGAGGGUAGGAGGUCGGGGAACUCUAGGACACGUAAUCUCCCCAGAGGCGAUCCCGACAAAAGUUUCCUAAAAUGCCCCUGACGAAGAUGUCAGGUGCGUUUUUCAAUGAUUUCAGUGUAACAGUGGCAACUUUGAGGCACUGUUACACUGAAAUCUUUGAAAAUGCACAGAGGACACCUUUGCCGGGAUCACCUCGGGGGCACGUGGGCCCCACCCGCAAUCCUACCUCCGCCACUGGUUACUCAGUGGCGUUGAGAUUGAUCCUUCUUCCCCAACUAUCUGCAAAAAUCCGGCGGCGGGGCCCGCCGCCGGUUUCAAUUAUGCAACGGGUUGGGCCCGCCGGGGACCAGCCGCUUCGAAGGCCCGAAGUAGUUUUCGGACGGAGACGGCGUGGAGGAGAACCGAAACUUGUUCGGACGGAACGAUGUCGAAGACGUGGCACUCUGCCCGUCGCCGCCGGAGGGUUUCUCUCGGAGCUCACGGCGGCAGUCGGAGAGCAUCGUUUUGGUGUCUCUACUUGAAUGCAAAGUGAAGACAAAACAUAAAAAAAUAUGUUUGUACACAUAUAUACCAAUUUUGUAAAUGUACAAGAACAAUUACAUAAAAAGUGUGAUGCAUAUAUAUAAAGGUUAAUUACUUUAAGUGCAUUAUAAUCAUAAAGAAAUUGUACAAAUAAGAAAGUCAUACCAUGGGA